AUGAUCAAUUUCCAACGUCUACCUUGUUCUGAUGCUCGCCCUGUUCUGGUCCACCCUCUCCUUCAUAAAUCAAAACUUGUUGAACAUUUGGAUAAGAAACUUCAACAGCAACAGAAGGCUUCGGAGGACGAUGGAAAGGAGAAGUUUCUAGACCCACUUGGUGCUGCUUCGCCUCUUUCUGUUGAGAUAAAUGCUUCCUCUUCAUCAAAGACAUCCAAUUUGCCAAAAGAAAAGGCAAUCAGUCCUUUGGAUAAUACAUUGUUGACAAAUUCAAAUAUUCAAGAAGAGGAUGAAGAGCUUUGGAAAAGUGACCAAAUGUUGGUUGGAUUUCGUCAUUGGAGGGAAAUUAAACAACGAAUUUUGGAUAAGUUUAAAACUGAUGCUCGAUUGACUCUUCAAAAUUCAUUUUUACAUUUACCAGAAGUUGGGGAACAAAAAAUUGAUUCGUCAAAAUUUGGUCAAAAACAAUUAUUACUUUCUAGUAUUUCUACUAAAAAUAAGAGACAAAAUUCAAAAGGAGAGGCAUCACAUUCAUUUAAACUUGUUGAACUUACACAAGAAGAGUGGUGUAGAAAAUUGGGGGAAUUACGUGUUAGAUUGAAGGCUUUGUGGAGAGAAGAGAAACGUUUGGAUUGUAUAAAGUUAAUCUCAGAAUUAUUGGGUCAAUUGGGAACAGAAAAAACAGUUUGUUCUGCGCAAUUUUACCCAGCCCAAUUUGUUUAUAUAACUGAUUUGCUUGAUUUUUUUGGUCGUUUGGUUUGGUUAAGAUUGCUGCAAUGUGCACAGGAAGAAAGAAGGCAGGCUGGACUUGGUGAUUUGCCUGAAGAAUGGAAUAUUGGCGAUAUUUUAGAAGGAACUCGUCUAAAGGCCAGAAAUUGGUUUGGAAAGAUUAACCAAAUUGUUAAACUGGUUUCUUCUCGAAUUUAUACAGCAAUUCUUCCCUGUCAACGUUUCAUGGACCCAUGGCCUCAAGCAGCUCAACAAAAUGCUUUGGAACUUUGUAAUUCAAUUAGUAGUGCAGUCAAACAUCCUUUGGUCUCAAUUUAUUUGCGUUGUUAUUUGUGCCGUGUUUCUAUGCGUAUUCAACCGACAGAUAAAGCGCCACAUUGGAAAUGUUUAAAUGAUUGGUUGCAGACUUUUGAUAGUCAACCACCGUGUUCACUUUUAUGGCCAGCAAUGGAAUGGAUAAUUCAAUGUGCAGCAUAUCGAGCUGUUAUAUAUGAAGAUUUACAUCCAUUGUGGGAAUAUUGUAAAAGAGUAGAUAAACGCCCAAUAGUCUUAAUUCCUCUAAUAAAUGCUUUGCCUCGUCUCUAUUUGGGUGAAUAUUCUUUGGAAGUUUGCAAAAUUGUCGUAUCUUCCGAAAUUGUAACAGGAGAAGAAUUAUGUGCUCUAGGCUCUAGAUUACUCGAAAUCGAUGUUCCUCGAGCUGCAAAGAAGCCGAUAUUGCGGUCAUCGUGGAAGUGUGUUCUCCGCUUAGGUUCAACGAAAGAAUAUUUGUCUUGUUGUGAUUAUUGGUGUCAAUUUGUUGUUCGCCAUUUUACUAAAAAUGAACUUGAAGUUAUUCUUGAAAGUAUUUUUAGAAAAUUGCAGCAUGACAAGUAUGAAGCCCAUUUUGCUCAAUUACUCUCAAUUUGGUCAAAUAUAUUUAAUCAAUCUAUUCAAAUUAAACCUUUACUUGAAUUAGAAAUUUUUUCAAAAUUCUUUGUAAUAUUUCGUGCUGCUCCAGCUUCGUUAAGAAUUGAAGCAGCCAAAGUUGUUUUGAAUGGAAUUGUGAAAAGGCAUUUAAUUGGAGAAUUUAAGAAUGUCAGUGAUGCUUAUCAGAUUUUUUCUGUUUGUCAACUUUUACAUGAUUCCUUGGAACUUAGCGCUCCUUUAGAACAAAUUUUAGAAAAUACAAAAUUAAUUUGUUUUGCAUUGGAUAGAAUAUCUUUACAAGUUGAAGACGAUCCAGAACAAUGUUUAAAUUUUUUGGUUGAUUGUAGAGCUAAUUUUCCAAAUUGGGAUUUAAUUCAACGUUGGACUAUUAAACAAGUGCAAUCAUUAACAUUGAAUAUUACAAGAAAAGUAAAGUUUUCGUCGUCUAGAGCGGCGUUUUUACAAGGAUGUUUGGCUAAUUUAUUUGUUAGCAUUCCAUCUUUAUCUGAUCCUCUUGAUCGUAUUGAACUUUCUAUUCAAUCUGCUCAUAUUGCUUUGGUUGCUUUAGAUUUUAUUCACGUAGUUGCUUUUCUCAAUUUUUCAUUGGAACAAUUUACUCACAUUCAAUCGUGUUCAUUUUUUAAUUCAAAAUUUUCACAAAUUGUAGCUCAAUUUCUUUCACUUUUAUUAAUUAUUCCGGAAAUGGAGGAUUAUGAUGAUGAAGAGGAAAAUAAUGAUGUUGAAAGCCGAGUAAUUCCUUUUAAAUAUUUUGAUUCUUUUCUGCAUUGGUUGAUCAGGUUUUUUAAUUUUUCAAUAACAUAAUUUUUGUCAGCAGAUUGUUUUUUAAUUUAUUGUUUAUAUCGGUUCUGCUUGCUGUCCCCCACCCUAGUGGUCCAAAAGUUCUUUUUAUAAAGUUAAAACGAACGAUUUUUUUGA